GCGAUCGUCUGAAGCAGUUCGUUGAAUUGGAAAUUAAAGGAAGUUCCAUACUUUAAUAAACGGCAUUGUGCUGUCUGUGAAAAUUAUAUAAAAAAAAAGUAGACACAAUUGACACGGUGUGAGCAAGCAAGAAAGUAAUCAAGUAAAGUACAUAAAAAUGGAUGCUUGGUUAACUGAUGUGAAACAAAUUCGUAUUCCAAGACCAAAAUACAGCAGCAGUAAUGGCUCAAGUACGCUGAAGAGUCUCAUACCACGAGAACCACCACGUGACUACGACCUCGACUUGACAAAAAAUUGUCGACAAGAGACACAAAAAUCACAGGGUAUGAUGUCUGCUGAAGAGAUGCAACGUGCUUUCCAAGAAAAACUUUAAUGCCUAUCCUAUUUAAUAAUAUAAUCUUUUGUAUUCUAGAAAUUUAAGACUUCAUAAUUUUUUUUAUAAAAGUAGAAAUAAUAUAGGCCUAAGGUCAUUUUAUGUAUUUAAUGUCAUUUAACACACAUAUAUCAUGUGAAAUUCAA